UGUCAUUUUUUUUAUUAAAGUUGCUAUCGCUGGUUGUCGUUUUUAAUUGUAUUGUAUUUAUUAGUGCAAAACACAAAUGCACAUACACUUUUAAUAAACGUGUAUGUCUUCACAAUAAAUCUACAUAUAAUUUGAUAAUCUUGUCAUUUGCCAUGUCUGAUUGAAUGCUGGUCACCGUCAAGGCUUUUGAGAGUUUCGGACCCCGCUAGCGCCGUAGUGGCACUACACAUUCGGCCCCUCUCCGUUUCGGCCCAUAACCCAAGUCGUUUCAUCCCAGCUUUUGAUAACUUGAGAGCAUUGGCAAAAACACCAGCAAUGAUAAACCUGAUGAUCUACCUGAACAACACAUGGUUGCAGAGCCCUCACUCGAGUCGCUGGACUGUUCCCCAGGCCAGUGGUCGGUGUUUUGACAGUCCAUCAGAACAAACGAUGACGUCAAAGAAUGGCACCGCAGAAUCAAUGCAAAGGCAGUUUUAUCUCCUAGUGCCACUUCUUGGGAAAGAAGCAAAGACUGAGUAUCCGCAUAAGACAGGUGGAAGAGCACAUCUUAACACGCUAUCAAAGAGAUGCCUACCGGAAGAUGCAAGGGAAAACAAACAAAUUUGGGACAGCUACGAGGCAAAAGAAGUGAAAACCUCAGACUUUUUACGACGUGUGAGGAAUAUGUAUGCACCAUCCAUGCCUAAAACUGCCGACAGUGAGGAUGACAUUUAAAAUAUAUAUUUAUUCAAUUGAAUUAUCACUGAAUCAUCACCAUCCAAAAAUGAACAUAUAAUUAUUAAACUGAUUUUCUUGUUUGUGUAAAUACAAUUUAAUAAAUUGCAAUAAAUU